AGAAAAGCUUUGCUCCGUGGUAUAUAAUGAAAGACACGGUCAGUCUCUUGAGGGUUGGAGGGUGUGAUGUUGACAUGGUCAUGAGUGUGUGUGUGUGUGUGUGUGUGUGUAGUGGCUGUAGUGUGUGUUUCGCUGUAACCCAGCUGUCUGCAGUAAUUGCAGAACAGACAUCAUUCAAAAAAGAAAAAAAAAAAAAUCUAAACCAAAAACAAGAACGGAGCGGACCAUGAGACCAAGACAAAGGGUUGUACUGUUACAGGCCAAAGCCAUUGUCUCCUCUUGUGGUGUUCUUUUCUGUCGGGUGGUUUUAUCAAACAAAUCACAUAAAUCAGUAAAUAGAUCACAUAUAAGAAGUAUAUCAUCUAUAUAAUGUCAAUUCUGCCCUUCUGCUGCAAGUAUUAUGUUGUAAAGAUCCCUAUUUUCUUUGAUUUUCCUCUUCCUUUCUUCACCUACCUCACUUCCUUUCCUUUCCUUAUCACUGAUUGGCUCUUGUUUUCUCUCCCUCCACCCCUCAUUUACCUGAUAGAGUUCAACUGGGCACGACAAGACUAUUUAAGGGCUUCACUCCAUUUAUUCACUGUUUUUUCACCUUCACAUGGAGUGGCAGUUUCUGAACCUGGAGCCCAUGUGUGUCUUCCUUCUUUUCAUGUUUAAUUAAGAGAGAAUAAAACGUUUUGUUGGAUUGGAUAUAUGUUUAAUGGCCUUCGUUUAUUCAUCCUCCAUCCUGAUCACCAUGCGCAUCGGCAUUCAAAGAGACAAAGUUUGGAUCGACGAGUCACUGUGACUUACAGGAAACCAUGGCAACAAAGACGAAGAAAGUGUUGAUUGUGUACGCCCAUCAGAGCGCUGGCUCAUUCAGCGCUGCAGCCAAAGAUGCUGCAGUAAAAGUUCUAACUGCUCAGGGGUGCACGGUGGAAGUAUCUGACCUGUAUGCUAUGAAGUUUAAAGCCACUGCUACUGCUGAAGACAUCACUGGGGAACCUAAGAAUGCGGAACACUUUCGUUACGCAGAGGAGACAAAACUGGCGUGGGAGGAAGGGAAACUGUCUGCUGACAUCACUGAAGAACAACGUAAAGUCACUGAAGCAGACCUAAUCAUCUUUCAGUUCCCCAUGUACUGGUUCUCUCUUCCUGCAAUCCUGAAGGGCUGGUUUGACCGGGUACUCACCCUGGGCUUUGCCUAUUCACAUGAUAAGCGAUACAGCCAUGGAAUCUUCAAGGACAAGAAAACCGUGUUGUCCUUCACCACUGGUUCUCAUGAGUCCAUGUUCAGUGCAACUGGCAUCAAUGGAGACAUGAAUGUCACACUGUGGCCACUGCAGAACGGUAUUCUGCACUACUGUGGCUUCCAGGUUCUGGCCCCUCAGAUCUUCUGGGCUCCAUCUCACGUUGCCUCUCAGGCUCGCAGCACCAUGCUGGAGGAAUGGCGUAAACGGCUGCCUCUUCUCCUGGGAGAAGAGCCGCUUACCUUUACUCCCAUGGACUGCUUUGACGUGGAGAAGGGUUUCCAGCUGAAGCCUGAGGUCCAUGAGAAAAAUGCCACCAAGGAGUUUGGACUUACAGUGGGGAUCCACCUGGGAAAACGACUGCCACCAAACAACCAGAUGAAAUGUGGAGUCUGAAAAAUGCAGGGCUCCAUUUAGUGUCAUACCUGUCUUCAAUUACAAUAAAUCUGACUUUAAUAUUCUGA